AUGACGACGGUACAGAAGAUCAAGGAGAUCGAAGAUGAGAUGAACAAGACGCAAAAGAACAAGGCCACGUCCUACCACUUGGGUCAAUUGCGAGCCAAGCUCGCCAAGUUGAAACGAGAGCUUAUCACUCCAUCUGGCGGAGGAGGAGGUGGUCCUGGUAUCGGAUUCGACGUUGCCAAGACGGGUGUUGCUUCGGUUGGAUUCGUCGGAUUCCCAUCAGUAGGCAAGUCCACUCUAAUGUCAGGCCUGACAGGGACACAAUCGGAAGCAGCAGCAUACGAGUUCACCACCUUGACGUCCGUACCAGGGACCAUGAAGGUGCAUGGCGCGCCAAUCCAGAUCAUCGACUUGCCCGGUAUCAUCGAAGGUGCCAAGGACGGAAAGGGUCGAGGUAGGCAGGUCAUUGCUGUAGCGCGUACAUGCAACUUGAUCUUUAUUGUCCUCGAUGUCGGCAAACCACUCAAGGACAAAGCCAUCAUCGAAAACGAACUCGAAGGUUUCGGCAUCCGUCUCAACAAAAAACCACCCAGCAUCGUCGUUCGUAAAAAGGAGAAGGGAGGCAUCGCCAUCACCAACACUGUACCUCUCACAAAGCUUGACCACGACGAAGUCAAGGCCGUGCUCAGCGAAUACCGUAUCAGCAAUGCUGACGUCUCCUUCCGUCAAGACGCCAACAUCGAAGAGCUCAUCGACGUCAUCGAGGGCAACCGAAUCUAUGUCCCUGCCAUCUACGUUCUCAACAAGAUCGACUCAAUCAGCAUCGAAGAGCUCGACCUGCUGUACAAGAUCCCCAACUCGGUACCUAUCUCAUCGCAGCACUGGUGGAACGUUGACGACGAGCUGGUCGAGAAGAUGUGGCAGGAGCUCUCGCUGGUGCGAGUCUACACAAAACCAAGGAAGGCAACGCCAGACUACUCGGCACCCGUCGUGCUCAAGACGGGUAAGAGCACCGUAGAGGACUUCUGCAACGCCAUCCACAAGGAGAUCGUAAGGCAGUUCCGUUUCGCAACCGUAUAUGGCAAGAGUGCCAAACACCCUCGAGGGCAGCGAGUCGGUCUCGAUCACGUGCUCGAAGAUGAGGACAUCCUUACCAUUCAUAAAAAGUGA